AUGUCGCUUGAACAUACACUUGCCGCUGCUUGCACCGCCUUAGAUACUGCCGUUGGUCUAUGUCCCCCAGACUGCGACUUGCGCGCCGUUUUGGUUUCAAUCCUAGCCGCCCACACAUCUAUAGCACGCACACAACCCGACUCGCUUGCGCCAUGGCGCCUCACACUUAAGAAAGUCACCGACUUUGCCACCAGAAUUACCACUCUCCUGCAACGUCAAAGUCUACAACAACCAGACAUGCAAGCCCGCAUUGAACAGCUUAAAAAAGAGGCAGAGAAUCUCCACGCAGAAUGCGACACUCGUGGCUUGUACACGGCCUCCGUCCCGCCACUUGCUUCACAGCGCCUAUGUGAUAGACUCUGUUUGUGUUUAGACUCCGUCCCGACCGAGGCGCUGCAGGAAGUCGCUGUCCUGGGGCCCAACGCAGAAAAUCUCCGCGUCUUAUUGCGUUCCCUCUCCGUCUUCUACGAUUUCAUCGAGACGUUGCUGACCAGUGAAAUCGGCAUGCUUCCUUUUGCUAGCAAGCUCAUCGGCUUUAUACGCGACCACAUGCAAGACACAAGCAGCCAUCCGCCUCCGAUCUCAUCUGCCCCUUGUUCCCGACCGGAGGCAACUCGCUUCGUUGCAAUCCGCGACGCCCUCAACUUGUACAUUGAUGCAGCCAACAAGUCUGCAAUAUCCCAAGAAGACAGCGGCAUAAUUACCACAAUUUUGCAACUGCUAUGGCCUGGCGUUGGCGACGAACCGCUCACCACGGAAAUGGAGAUCAUGAGUACGUGUGUCACAUUUGACACAAAGAGCUCUGAACUCAACUUCCCCACCAUGCUCGGCGCUACUGAGAACUCCGUCCUCUUCAAGGCCAUGUUUCAAAUCCCAAGCGACUACACCCAGGACAACAGACCAACGUGGCCGACAGCAGUCGCUGUAAAGAUGUUUCGUCCAUCGAUGUCCACCAUUGCCAGGGAACCUUUUUUUCGACAAGAGGCUCUGCGCGUGUCCACUUUUACCAAUCCUUGCCUGCUGGCUGUCCAUGGCGUGCAUUGGCCUCGUGAGGUCCCAGUUUCCAAGAAUGCUGCCUUCACGAACGACAUUGUCGUUGUGUCCGAACUAAUGACCGACAACCUGAGAACCAUUAGAAGAAGGGCACCCGCAUCUACUUUAGAGGCCCAGCUUCGAAUUUUGAUAGAUGUGGCCUCAGCUCUGGCCUGCCUUCACGAGGCAGGCGUUUGCCACCUUGGACUGACCCCAGAAAAUGUUCUCCUCCGAGUUGACAAAGGCGUCAGGUAUGGCCAUGCAAAAGUUGACGUUACCAGUCUUUUCAGAUAUGCACUCUUCCCGGACUGGCUCGAUUCUAUUCCCCUUCGGUCUUGGAUGUAUAUUGCACCAGAGUUGCAUGCAGAAGGUCAACCGAGGUUCACAUCUGAUAUUUGGUCCCUUGGAGUCCUCGCUUGCUUUUUAAUGGGAGGGGCAUCCCCUACUCACGAGCAAAACUCCCUAAAGUGGUCAUCAAUGCACAGUCAGAAGGAUUCGGCAUGGUCAUGGGCCAGUACUAUCCGAAACAGGCGCAUUCGGAAUAUCUUCAGAUCGUGUCUUUGCACGAAUCCAAAGGACCGGCCCACAGCAGCCUUUCUUGUCGAGAAGCUUCAAAACGUUUUACAGUCGGUCUCCGCCAAUGGCGGGUCCGGUUCAGACGUGAUGGGAAAUGUCCUGACAAAUGGUAAUGAUCUAGGAUUAAAUGACUUCGACAUCGAUGCAAACCGUGACACAAAAAAAGAUGCCUUCUUUGAGUUUGAAGAUGUCUGUCGUGCGUUGUCCGACUCAGAACCACCCAUCCGCGGCAAAAAUGGAUCAGAUACUGGCCUGAAGCAGAACGGGAAUGACCUCAGCAUCCGUCGAAGGAAAAGACGCCGUAUUGCAGAGCUUGAUCCAGACGACCUCGACUGGGCAGAGACGAAUGCUCCGGACAAGACCGCGGUUAUCGAAAGCACAUCGAGCUCCAGUCCGUCCAAUGGGCCAGGAGUUGAGCGCCGAGCACUACCGAACCGACGAGCGAAGGAGAAAACGGGAAGUGAACCGACAAGCGCAGUGGACCAAUUAACACCGGGUACGGAGGUUGAUUUGGUACACUCUUCAACUGCUGUGAAGCAUAUCAGAACGACCCAAGAAAAGAGAAAUCGGAGCGAUCUACGCAAUAACAUGCGUGAUCAAAGCUGCAAAGGUUCUGACGACAAAACCGAAGCUAGAGGUCUUUCAAGAAUAUCUAAUGAUACAGAUGUGAUAGAUGAAAAUCAUGCGCCGCCUAUCCAAGGACUGAAUCAUCAAUCUAGUGAGCUCCCGUAUGCUGCCGUUGAUGAAAAUAAGUUUGAUGACGAUGGUGCGAUCUUUAUCGAACCUUCUCAAGCUCAAAAGACUGGUCAAAAGCUCAGCGCUGAUAGAGCAACGAUACCGAGCAAAAGCAAAGUAGAACCUUCAAAAUAUGAACGCAUGAACCGGAAAGCUGAGGUCCUGCAAGAAAGUGGGCGACCGGGAUGCAUCGAAGAGGCUGCUAAUAUGUUUAAGAUGGCGGCAGAUGCUGGAAAUUCGAACGCUCAAGUCAAUUAUGGCCAUUGCUUGGAAUUUGGCCGCGGCGUCAACCAGGACUUCUGUGAAGCGGCUAUGUACUUCCAAUCGGCGGCCAAUCAGGGGAAUACAAAGGGUCAACUGAGGAUUGGUCUGUGCCAUGAGUUCGGGAGGGGUACGAAGAAGGAUUUCCGAGUCGCUGUGGAUUGGUACAAACGGGCUUCCGACCAGGGAAACACCCAAGCCCAAACGAAUCUCGGGAUUGCAUAUCACCAAGGGCAUGGAGUUGAGAGGAACUACGGCAUGGCUGCAGAGCUGUAUCGUCGUGCUGUCAAGGAUGGCCAUACUGCUGCAAUGUUAAAUCUUGGUGUUCUGUCUGAACAUGGUCUCGGUGUUCCUAAGGAUACGAGCACGGCAUUCCGAUUAUACGAGAGUGCUGCGGCGGGUGGUAAUGAACGUGCAAUGUUAAACUUGGCGCUCUGUUAUGAGAGGGGACAUGGCACUCCGCGAGAUCUACGUCAGGCUGCGCUGAUGUACGUGAAGUCGGCAGAGGCAGGAAAUCAUCAGGCCCAGUUCCGUGCCGGUCAAUGUUUUGAGAACGGAGAAGGUGUUCCACGAAAUUAUAUGAGAGCAGCUGUAUAUUUCAAGAAGGCAGCGGAGAGCGAUAACCUGAAUGCGAUGAACAGAUUGGGACUACUGUACGAAGACGGCCGAGGUGUCGAUCACGACCCUGUAAAAGCUUUCAAGCUCUUCAACGCAGCAUCAAAACACGGGCAUUCGCCAUCCACUUUCUGUUUGGCAAGGUGUUACGAGUACGGGGUUGGAGUGAAGAGGUCGUUGACAAUUGCCAUAAACUGCUUGAAGAAGGCAUGCGAACAAAAGAACCCAAAGGCCAUGGUUACUCUUGGAUACAAAUACGAGUCAGGGGUUGGCGUCAAGAAAAGCACAAAGGAGGCCGUGAGGCUUUACAAAGCAUCUGCUGCGUUGGGCUGUCCCGAGGGGGAACUGGCCCUCGGACAGUGCUUUUACUUUGGGUAUGGAAUGGAGAAGAACCUCUCCGAAGCGCUACGUUUAUACGAGGGGGCAUGCAAAAAAAACGAUCCGAGUGCUUGCCUUGAGCUUGCGCAUUUAUACAGGGAUGGCGUUGAAGUACCGCAGGACUACCAAAAGGCGUUUGGUUUGUACAGGAAGAGUGCAGUAGGGAGGAAAUCGCUUGCUCACGUCAAUCUGGGAGAGUUUUAUUUUUACGGGCGUGGAGUAGAAAUAGACUACAAGAAGGCCAUUCAGCAUUUCAGAUCAGCGGCGGCUUUAAAAGAUGAAGGGGCGGCGGAGGCGUUUCGAUGGCUUGGGGACUGCUACUCAGAUGGGAGUGGGGUCGAGAUAAACAUGAAGACGGCGGUUCGAUACUUUCAGAAAGGUGCCGAAGCUGGAAGUGCAGGUGCGCAGAUGAGCCUGGGAUGUUGUUAUGAGAAUGGGACUGGGGUGGAAGUGAAUGGUACCAAGGCUGUAAAUUUGUACAGAAAGGCAGAGAAGGGAGGAAACAUGACGGCCACAAGCAAUCUGGGGAUUCUGUACGAGAAAGGAAAGUUUGUGAAGCAAGACUACCAGAAGGCAUUUCGUCAGUAUACACGGGCAGCAGAGCACGGAGUGAUUGAGGCAAUGUGCAAUCUUGCGGAUUGCUACGCGGAAGGCAACGGAACGCCCAAGAAUGUGUCAAGGGCGUUUGAAUUGUACAAGGAAGCAGCUGGACAUGGUCAUUCUGGAGCUCAAUGUGAGCUCGGGGCAUGUUAUUAUCACGGGAAGGGUGUAGAGCAAGAUUUUAAAAAGGCGCUAGAACUGUUCGAGAAAGCUCGGGAGUCGGAACCAGAGGCAGUUCGGCAACUUGGCACUGCGCAUUUUGAUGGGUGCGGUGUUGAACAAAAUUAUGUGGAGGCUCUCCGUCUGUUCCAUGAAGCGGCACAAAGUGGAAACCAAGACGCGUAUCUAAACAUUGGGAUUUGCCACGAAUAUGGACACGGUGUUGCUCAAGAUUUUGGCAAGGCUGCUGAAUUUUAUCGGCACGCGGCUGACGGCGGCAACUUGACGGCGAUGCAGUGCCUCGGGAAUUUGCACUUUUCCGGAAAAGGCGUUAAGAAGGACUUGGAAGUGGCGGUGGGUUGGUACCGACAGGGAAGGAGCCUCAGUUUUGAUCAGACUCUCCAAUGACUAUGUAAGAGGGACUAGUUAGGUAGACGGACAUGAGGAGGGGCAGGGAUGAGAGCAGAGGAUUGUCGUGAAUUUUAACACGCGUGCGAGGUGUUUUGUUUGAGACAGUAGUAUUGUGCAGUACAUACAGUAUCCACAAUUUGACAAGGACUCCUUUUCGGGCAUCGGCGCGAUGCCAGAGUGACGCAUUAAACACGGACACAUCCAAUGUUGCAGGA